UUAGCAUUCACCACGUAAAUUGUCUUCUGCGACAAGGAGGUAAUUAAGAACAAUCCAGCAGUAUACCGUGUUUAUACCUCCAUGUGCACUGUAUGAAAUUGCAGGCUUUCCAAGUGCAGGUAUUCUGCAGUAAAUGUAGGGCCAGUUGGUGCAACCCCACGGAAAUACCAAUCUACCUAUGUGCAUGUAGGUUUCAAGUUUACAAACGAUACCAACUCAACUUGUACCUGAAGAGUCUCAUAAUCAGAGAAUAUCUACACGGAGCCAAGAAUAACCCUUUGAGACAAAGUUGUGCCAUCGUGUAUACUUCGUAGGGUGCGAAAUAUGUCUAUCUCAAACGAGGCUCUGCAAAAGCUCCUGCGCGAGGUCGAAACGCAAGCAAUUGCCUCCCAGCAGCAAAUCGCGCUUACGCGGACGCAGCAGGCGGCCAAACAGCGUGAGAUGCGCAUGGCACAACUGACGCGCACCGAGAUAUCGUCGUUACCCCCGAGCACGAAUGUCUACGAGGGGGUUGGCAAGAUGUUCAUCUCGCUGCCCGUUGCAGAAAUGAAGGACAAGCUGGAAACCCAGAUCAAGGAGCUCGAGGGCGACGUGGAGGGACUCGGCAAGAGGCUGCACUACUUGGAGGUCUCACAGAAGAACAGCAAAGACCAGAUAGAUCGUAUGUUGCGGGGUGGUGCGGGCGCCUCCUGAUCUGUCUGCACAGACCGGAGGUUCUCUCUGCUAUGGCCGACGGAUGAGUAUGAAAUUUGACGCUCUCAGUAUAUUUACUGUACAUGUCACGCACACCGCAGUAUACAGAACGGGUCUGGGCUCAUGUCGUGGAAUAACAGACAAUACCUAAAAACACUCAGAUAUAUGUGGCCCUCUUCUAGCCAAUAUCUCCCCACGGUUCAAUGAACAGAACAGACGAAUGCUUAAGGAAGAUUUGUGCGUCGGAUGAGCACUGAAACCUGAUUGAUCAUCAGAGGCAACGAGGCAACCUACUUACAUAGUAGUGGUAGGUUCCGUCUUCUCAUCACUCUGCACUACAUAGUACCAGCCACAAUUCAUAAUCAUCAACCGAACUAUUUCCUGUCAAGUCCCUAGCACAUGGAGAGAUAUUUAGAACCUCGCAUACUCUGUACUGCCCUGUAGGCCUGGAGGCACCCAGGUCAUACUACUCGAGCUACUAUAAUUAUUUAUUUAACUGGGCACCUAGCAUUUCGCCUCUAGUCUGGUG